UGUUUACCAUUUGAAAAAAUGUAAACAAAAGAAUCCAUAACAUGAAAAAUAUUCUUUCAAUUUUAAUUUUUUAUUGAAACACAAUUUGAAGGAAUUUUGAAUCUGUAACUUAAAUAAUUACAUAAAACUGCAGUUUAUUUCGUUAUGUGAUGACUUUUCGUCCGUGCCUCUUAUGUUCUCCAAAUACCUCAGCUGAAAAAUAAACGAAUCAGUUUUUCUACUCAACUUAUUGCACGAUUUCAAUUAGACGAACGUUAAUUUGAUGUCAAAGCCGAAUAAUAUCAGACAACAGGUUGCAAGUUGAAUUUGCAUCAUGUCGAUAUUAAGAUAUUUGAAUCGAAUCAAACCAGUUUGAAAGUGUUGGAAUAAUUGCGAAUAUUACAUGAACGUUCCAAUCACGCGAUCCAUGUGCCAUAUAAACGUGCGAUAUAAUGUAUUUAAUAAUAUGGAUGGCCAUAAUCAAAACGUGCCUGUGUUCCCACACGCUUCUAUUCGCCACAACGAAAGAUAUACGGCUAAUGAAUACAAGAUAUCCUAAAAAAUCACAGCUCAUUGCAUCCGGUCUUCAGUACGUUGUUCGAGUCGAUUACUGUUACAACGAAGCAAUAAUAUGCUGGUCCGAUACUUUAGCCGAAGAAAUAAGCUGCAUCCCAUCGAACGGAACGUAUAAUGCCAGCGAUCCGUCCAAUUUUAGGGUCAGUUCACCAACAGCAGAAGGAUUAGCAUGCGACUGGCUAACUAAGAAAUUAUACUGGGUCGAUAGUAAUGUAAAAAUAAUCGAAGUCAUCUCGCUAAAAACUAGAUUACGUAAAGUUCUGAUAUGGCAAGAUUUAGAUCAACCGCGUGCUAUAGCAGUCGAUCCUGUGAGUAGUUACCUUUUUUGGACAGAUUGGGGAGAUAUCGCUAAAAUCGAACGUUGCUCCAUGAACGGUGAUUUAUCUACUCGAAAAAUAAUUGCUACCGAAGGCUUGUAUUGGCCGAACAGUAUCUCUUUGGAUGUUAUUGAAAAGAAGCUGUAUUGGAUAGAUGGUAAAUUGAUGAAGAUAGAAGUCAGUAACUACGAUGGAGGAGACAGAGUGUUAUUGUUGAAUCGAGGUUUAUAUUAUCCUUAUUCGUUGACAAGAAUACAAGAAAUGUUAUUUUGGACUGAUUGGGCAAAUAAUACCAUCACUUUUUAUAAUAUGACCGCUGGUGGUGGAUAUCCUACAAAUAUACCUUACCAUCCACACGAUUCUCUGAUGGGUAUAAAAGCGUUCGAACCUUCGCUUCAACCUGCGAAACCUACGCCGUGCGAUGUCAAUAAUGGAGGCUGUUCUCAUCUGUGUUUAUUGUCGUCCAAACCUCCGGGAUACUCGUGCGAAUGUCCAACCGGGCACUCGUCUAUCAACGCGUCAACAUGUCAUCCAAAAAUAUAUCAUACGCUUUUAAUUGUUCAACGAGGAGUAAUCAGCAAAAUGUCUCUGGAUACGCCAGAUUUCACUAGUAUCAAAAUACCUUUGCAAGGUGUCAAACGCGCAGUGAGCAUCGAUUACGAUCCGAUCGAAAAGUUCAUCUAUUGGACUGAUGACGAAACGAAGAACAUUCAACGAGCCAGUCUAAAUGGCAGUAAACAAGAAAAUGUUGUUACCGAAGAUGUAGUAGAUUUGGAUGGUAUCGCAAUCGAUUGGAUUGCUAGAAAUAUAUACUGGAGCAAUUUGAAUUCUAAUUGUAUCGAAGUGCAGAGGUUGAAUACGAGGUACCGUAAAGCUAUUAUUAUCGACGACAUUUUUAGUCCACGUGCCGUUGCUGUAUCACCUGAACGUGGAUGGUUGUACUGGUCCGACUGGAACGAACAGAAUCCAAAAAUCGAACGUACUGACUUAGAUGGUUCUAAUAGGGUAACCAUUGUGAAAAACGACCUCAAAUGGCCCAACGGUAUAGCUAUAGAUUUGGAGAGCUCGUCGAUAUAUUGGGGAGACGCCGGUACCGAUACGAUCGAGGUAGCUAACAUGGUAGAUGGCAGAGAUCGACGCGUCGUCAUCAGCGAUAAUCUUCCGCACACUUACGGUAUCACAGUGCUCGGUAAUUACGUCUACUGGACAGAUUGGCAGGCUUUGACGUUGGAACGAGCGAACAAACAUACCGGCAGAGACCGACAUCUGAUCCUCGAGCAGGUACACGAUAUUGGAGGCAUCAAAGCAUUCGACGUAAACGUAACCCUGGGAACGAAUCCGUGCGCCGAAAGAAACGGAGACUGCGAGCAGAUUUGCUUCCAUAAACCGAUGCAGAAAGUAGUCUGCGCGUGUCAAAUCGAGUACGAAUUAGCAGCCGAUAAUAAACACUGCGUGAUUCCGGAUGCGUUUCUCCUUAUUUAUAGCAGCGAUCAUCUACGUCGAGUCAGUAUCCAGAAUAAUCUCACCAGCGAAGUGAUUCCGGUCAAGGAUAUAACAUCGAUUAGUGCCAUAGACGUCGGUGUCACCGAUUCGCGGGUGUAUUGGGCCGAUAAUAAGGCCAAGUCGAUCAGCAGAUCUUUUUUGAACGGUUCGCAUACCGAGAAAAUCGUAGAAUACGGUGUUAUUUCGCCGGAAUCGUUGGCGAUCGAUUGGCUAUCGUCUAAUUUAUAUUGGGCAGACGCUGGUACCAAACGAAUCGAAGUUAUUAAACUGAACGGAAAUUACCGCAAGAUACUGUUUUGGAAGACUUUGAAAGAGCCCAGAAACCUCGCCCUGGAUCCUAGAAUCGGUUACAUGUUUUGGAGCGAAUGGGAUGGCGUGCAAGGUGGCAUUUACAAAGCUUGGAUGGACGGAAGUAAGAAAGAGUUGUUUAUUACCCAUCUCGGCCGAGUAAACGGGCUGACCAUCGAUUACGCCCAACGAGUGUUUUACUGGACGCAUUAUAAAGCCGACACAGCCAGUAUCGAGUACUCUGAUUUAAUCAACAAGAACGUCAAAACGCUUUCCAGCACAAAGUCAUUUAAACCGAUGUCCAUCGCGCAAUAUCAAGAUUACCUGUUUUGGGUGAAUUUCAAAAAUGGUUCGGUUAUCCGGGCAAAUAAACAAGACGGUACGAACGCAGCCGUCAUUUAUACGCAAAAAGGCGAAGUAGCGGAUUUGAAAAUAGUUCACUCGUCCAAGCAGAGCGGUUGGAAUCCGUGCUCGAACCAAAACGGAGGCUGUAAAAAUCUUUGCUUAGUGAAACCAGGAACAUCGGAGUUAUCAGCGGAUAAAACUUGCGCUUGCCCGACGCAUUUCUACUCGAGAAACGGCGACUGCUAUCCGCACGAGAAUUACUUGCUGUUUUCGUUGAGAACCUCUAUAAAUCGACUGAUUCCCACCGUCGACGAGUGCCCCGAUGUACCUCUAUCUAUUUCUAGUAUGAAAAACGUACGUGCCAUCGAAUUCGACCCGGUUACAAACUAUAUCUACUGGAUUGACUACAAAGCGCAGGCGAUCAGAAGAUCGUACGAGAAUGGUUCUCACGGGGCGAUUCUUGUAAAUGGAAAUAAAAGCGAGAAAUCGUACGUUUUCCACGAUAUCGCCUUAGAUCCGUAUAACAAGCUUCUGUUUUGGAGUUGUUCGUCGACCGAUUCGAUAAACGUGACCAGACUAAGUAAUUACAGCCUCGGACACGUGUUUAGCGCCAGCCAUGGCGAAAAACCUCGCAAUAUCGCCGUCCAUCCGGAGAUGAGUUAUUUAUUCUGGACUGAUUGGGGAAAAUUACCGCGUAUCGUGCGAUCGUAUCUCGAUGGUCAGCAUCGUACCAUUAUCGAAACGGAUGGUAAAAUAGCCGAAGCCAUUACCAUCGAUAGAAGAUCGAACAUGUUAUUUUACAGUCAUAGUCAAGAAAUUUUCUCCUGCGAUUUAUCCGGCAAUAAGAAAAAUCGUCUGAUGAUUACGUACGCGAAAAAAAUAGGCAGUUUGGCGGUCAUCGAUACUUACCUAUACUACGUAGCCGAUUACAAAGAAUUGCCAUCCUGCAUCGAACGUAUAGACAAACUGAACGGUACUGAUCGUAUCACCGUCAUUGAUAACAUCCAGGUUACCGAUAUAAUCAGCGUCAAAUCGAUCGACAAGCAAGCUUUACUCAGCCAUCCUUGCAGUAGCGCCUACCGUCACGCUAAUUGUUCCUAUAUAUGCAUCAAAUUACCGGAAAAUUCUAGAUGGUCGACGAAUUGCUCUUGUACAAUGGGACUGAAAUUAAACAUCGACAAGAAAACCUGCUCGAGUAUACCACCUUGCGAUAAAGAACAUUACAACUGCGAUCAAAUGUCCGGCGAAUGCAUACCGAAUACCUGGCGUUGCGAUGGUACCGUCGAUUGUCCGGACGGUUCGGAUGAAGAAAAUUGCCCGAAAUGCGUGGACGAGUUCAAGUGUGCCGACGGAUUCUGCGUCAAGCAGAAGGAAGUUUGCGACGGCAAGAAGGACUGCCCCGAUGGCUCGGAUGAAGACGAAUGCUGCGCGAACGACUACAACAGCCCAUACUUCCCAUAUUUUCGAUGCCACAGCGACGGCAAAUGCUUACCGAAAAGCCAGCUGUGUGACGGUACAUCCGACUGCGAAGAUGACAGCGACGAAGAAACGCAAAAUUGUCCCCGAAACCUGGUAAAUGAAACGUACGUCGGCGAGAGCUCCAGCUCGACCAGCAUUUGGUUACCAUUUAUAUUGAUAUUCAUCGGCUUGCUAGGCGCCUUUCUAGCAUGUUACAUCGUAUCGAACUGUAAACGAAAAUUAGAUCAGUCUAAUUUGAGCGAACAAGAUCACACCGUUUUAAGGCCUCUGGCUCCGAAUUGUCGACCAAUCGGCACCCUUACCAGUAUGGGUAUGUCCAGCGCCAUGAGCCAUUCGGUCAUGAACGGCGGUGGUAGCACCGGCAGUUACGACCGCAGUCAUAUCACCGGAGCUUCCAGCUCGAUAUCGAUGAAUAAUUGCCCCCUCAAUCCACCUCCCAGUCCAGCCACCACCAUUUUACGAGAGGAAUGCUGCUGUCAGCAGUAUUCGCCGCCGAUGCCUACACCCUGCAGUACAGACGUCUGCGACGAAUCCGAUACCAACUGUAGGACUGAUUCGGACGUGUACGUUUUUCACAAAAAUAGCGAUCACGGUUCAGUAAGAUAUUACAACGAUCGCUACUCCAGACCUCACAGGCAUCAUCAGCGGUUUCCUAGGCAUAGGAGUAAUAAAAAUUCAUUCGUGGACUACGACGAAGCCACCCACUCUUUGUACAGGGCUGAUUUUGACUUACGUCCGCCGCCUCCGACGCCCAGAUCCGUAUCCUCGGAUCCGCCGUCACCGUCGUCGAGUACGUAUCGACAUUUACCUCAACCUCCUCCACCGUCACCUACUAAUUAAGGUAUUAUGUGUACGUAUUUUUUUUUUACUCGAGCUAGCUUUUUUUUUGACAAAUAUCGUGUAUAGAUUUUUUAAGCGUGUGUAUUUAUAUGUAAAUACGUCUUAAUUUACGGGCUGUGUAAAAAUUUUAUAGCCUGAAGUGAUGGUCCAGGUAGUAAUCCGAACAAAUUUGCCAAAAAGUCACAACUCUCCGCGCAUUUGUAUAAUAUUAUUAUUGGACUUAUCUUCAGAAUUUCUUCGAGUUGAAAACCAUUAGAAAUAUGCUCAUCUCGAAAAAUGGCUUUGCUGAUUCGGUUCGAUGAAGGGAAGGGGGUGGUUGUUGUAAAAUAUGAAAAAUAUAAAAACGAACGGGUAACGAUUUGAAAUUCAGUAUGAUGUAUUACUGACCCAUUUACUCAAAAAUAAAUACAUAUUACUUAUUUCUUUGCGAAGUAGAAUCUAGAUCGAGAACGAUUUUUGUGGCGUGAUUAUCAAUUGUGGCUCUUUUGCAAAAAUAUGAAUUUACUUUUUCGUCUCGAAUGAAAGAGUCGAAAUAUUUAAUCUAUCAUUGACAAAUUAAUGAACUUUUCGAUCUGUGGCAUAAAUAUCUACGUAAGUUUUUGGUAAAUUUGGUUCGACAAAAGAUUAUUUGCUCAUUUAUUUCUUCUUCUUGGACUAUGCGCUGUAAUGUUUGUAUUUUUAUUUUGUAUAAAAUAACGGUGCCUUUUUAUUUUUUAGAAGUUGAGUGUAGAUGACUUGUGAUAUCCCACUCUUGUUUAUUGUUGAUGUAUUAAUUUUAUUUAUAAUACGUAUUAUCGUUGACUUUUUUUUAUUUAUAUAGGUAUUUUUUAAUUACUCAACCGAACGUAUCUUUUUGCUUUACUUAGUGUUUUUAUGUGCCUAAAUGUAUUAUUAUGUAUUAUCAUCACAUAUCAAGUAUGAAAAUCACAACAAAAAGUAUUCGUUAAAGAAGACAUAUGAGCUUAAUAUUAUUUUCGGUUCCUUUUUUUAUGAUUCUUAUUUUAUAAACAAAUGUUUUUGAACGAUAAGAAGUAUUUUCAUCGUUGAAUAUUGUCCUUUCAUUACCUUUAAAAUUGUGAUAAUUUCGAUUGCCAAUUUUAAUUCGAUUUCAUCGUAAUAUUAUAGUUUAUCAUUGUUAACAAAAAUAUUUUGUUUUAGUAGACAACGUCGCAAUCAUUACUCCUUAUUAUUAAGUACGUUUUUUUACGCGGAUUCUCAAAAAUGUGAUUUUUUCAAUCUCUUUUUUAAAACAAUUUUUAGAUUCCAACCACAAACUUUCGAAACUUUGAAAGUAUUCUCUCUUAAAGUGAAAUCAGUAAAAUCCAAAAUCAAUUUUCAAAAGCUACUUUACUACUCUUACAAAUUCUUGUAGAUUUCAAACCUACCAAAUACAGAUUCUCGAAAAUCUGCCAAAAUUCGCGUAAAAAAACUAACUUAUUAAUUCGUUACGUUAAGUUUCAUGUUUGCAUUUAGAAAUAUUUCCUUCUUGUUUUUUUGCGUUAACUUUCAUCGUUAUUGUGUUUAAUAUUCAUGCAUUACGUAAAGUAGAGGAGGUGAUACUUUAUAUUUCAAGAGUUAUUAAUCAUUUAUUUAUUAUCUUAUUUAUUUUUUACAUUUCGGUGCUGUAUUGCCAUAUUUUUCGAGUUGAAUUUUAAUUCGAGGUGCCGUAUCGUGUAAACGGGACCAUAUAAUUUUUGGUUGAGUUUUUUUUUCUAAUUUUUUUUAAAAAAUGUAUCGUUAGGUAUAUACUUAGGAGAUGAAAAGACGUAAAGAAAUUAUUUGUUGCGGAUGGUAAUUGCCUACUUUUUAAUUUGAUUUUAGACUGAACAUUAUUAAUAUUAUAUUUUUGUAUAUUUUAUAGAAGUUUUUAUGUUCGAAUUUGACCGUCAAUUUGAAAAUAAUUUGUUUGUUAUUUGUUGAUCUCUUUUACAUAACAAUAUAUAGAUUAUUCUAUAA